AUGUCUUCGGAACAAGCGAUUCCAGCAGAACUUCAGCAAUAUAUAGAUCAAGCAGUUUCGAAAUUAUCUGAAAAUAGUAGCUGGCCAUUUAUACAAGGUUUUUUGUUAGGUCAACUUACUAUUAUAGUUUUGAUUCUCGCUUUUAUAAAAUUCAUGCUGUUGGAAAAAGCCACCAGACAACAGAAGCGCAUUCUUCCCAUACAAACACCAAUUAAUUCGAAAACAAAUUGUGUGUCGCCUGCUUCGGUCAUUCUUUCUAAAACAUUAUAUGAUCCCAAGUAUCAUUUACCCGAAUCAACUGAUUGGCUUAAUGUUCUGCUGGCACAGGCUAUAUACCAAUAUAGAGAAGAAGCAAAGACAGACAAUCGUUUAGUACGUUUUGUUGAUGAAAUACUGAAUGAUGGUGUCAAGCCUGAUUUUAUGGGGCCGAUUGAAGUUACACGUCUUGACAUUGGUGAAGAAUACCCUAUUUUUAGCAAUGCACGCAUACGACCGACUGAGACAAUGAGCAGAAUGCGGGUAGAACUUGAUUGUGAUUUCAGCGACCAAAUUACUCUUGGUGUAAAUACUCAGAUACUUAUCAAUUGGCCAAAGCCACGAAUAGCAGUAUUGCCCAUUUCAUUAGUUCUUUCUAUCGUCAAAUUUGCUGCAACAAUCACUUUGGAAAUAAUUGUGAAUUCAGAAUCUUCCUUUAUCAUUGUCUCGUCGCUUCCGGACUUCGUACUAGAAUUUAGUGUUCAGUCAUUAAUAGGUUCACGAUCAAAACUUGAAGAUGUGCCCAAAAUCACGCAUAUGAUUACGUCCAAAUUGCGAAAUGCAUUUUGUGAAAAAUUCGUGUAUCCAAACUCUACAAAAUUCAAAAUUCCAAACUUAUGGACACUACAUAAAAACCAGUGA